ACUCGUCACCCCCGCUGCGCCACGCCUCCCCCUGUCACGCGUGGGCUUGAAAGGUGGGACACCCCUUCUGGCCCCCCCUCCCCGAUGCGUGAAGGGCCCUUAGCUUUUUCCCCUCACCCCCCUCGUCCUUCUCGGGCGAUGUAGACCCCAGUCCCUCCUGCAGACAGCUAGAGCCCCCACCCCCGCCGCACCGUGACAGCGGGGGAUGAUUUUUGUGUGGGGGAGUGUGUGUGUGUGCACCUCCCCGUGACGUCACAGCGCCCAAUUCUCCGUUUGCUCCCGCCGCACGGUUCGGGAUUGCACUGCGCUUGCGGGGGUGUCCGCCGCGUACCCGGCCGUAGGGGAGACAGCCCGGCGACAGCCCUCGGUGGGGGAGGUGACAGCCCGGCAGCAUGAAGUUCCAAUACAAGGAAGACCACCCGUUCGAGUACAGGAAAAAAGAAGGGGAGAAAAUCAGGAAGAAAUAUCCCGACAGAGUCCCUGUAAUUGUGGAAAAAGCACCAAAAGCCAGAGUACCUGAUCUAGACAAAAGGAAGUAUCUUGUGCCUUCUGACCUCACAGUUGGCCAAUUCUACUUCUUAAUCCGAAAGCGGAUCCACCUGAGGCCAGAAGAUGCCCUGUUCUUCUUUGUCAAUAAUACCAUCCCUCCCACCAGUGCUACCAUGGGCCAGCUGUAUGAGGAUAACCAUGAGGAGGACUAUUUUCUCUAUGUGGCCUACAGUGAUGAGAGCGUCUAUGGCAAGUGAGCACCAGCCCCUCAGGCAUGCAGGCGAGAUGGACUGAUGGAAUGGAUUUGGGGGGGAGUGUUGAAGAGGAGGAAGGAGGAUGCCUGAGAAGAGGGGAAGAGAACUGGAAGUGAACCACAUGCACAAUGCCAUCAUCUUCCAUGCAUUAAUUAUAAUAGUUAUUUUUUAAAUUGAGGGGAGGGAGGGUAGGGGGACAGUGUGUGAAAGGGUGAACUGAAAGGCUAACGAAGGGUUCUGUGCUGAGGGAUGGAGAGACUCCACUGUCUGUAGUUCUCUUGACACAGCUGGAAGUAGUUAGCCAGUGCUGGAGUCUACUAGACAAGCCAGUGUGGUGGAGCUCCAGGAGAGUGACUGGGCAGGAUGGCCAUUUUUCUGUAACCCUUUCAUUGGAUGAAGAAGGCAUGCCAUGUAUUGUACACUGACCUUUGUCACGCCUUGUCCAUUGGCAUGGGCUGCACUCCUGUGAGCAUUCAGUGAGCUGUGAAAUACUUCACUCUGCUCACAGAAGGCUGUCAGUCCUCACUCCAGCUGCUAGCUGUGAAGCUUUCCAAGAGUAUUGUGUUUCCCAUCACUUCCAUCAGUAUUAGAAGGGCUACUUCUAAGGCCUGGGCACUCAGCGGCAGUGAGAUGCGAAGGCUGGGGAAAAGAAGGAAGGACCUUCUCUUUUUUUUUCCUUUCUUGCUUUAAUUGCAAGUGCUGGGCAGAAAAAUUUGAGACAACCCUUUUAUUCUUUUCGGUGAAGCCAACUGAUAAACUCAUAAGCACAGGGCUAGAAAGGACCUCAAGAAAAUGACUAGCCCACUCCAGAUCUGAGACAGGACUGAGUAUACCAAACAUGUCCACCAUGGCUGCUCAUCUAACUUGUUCAUAGUAAACUCCACAGAGGCAGAUCCUGGAAGCUGCCAAGAUUGUCUGUUCAGUUCCUAGCUAGCCUACAAGUGAGAGCUUUUCUUGCUAAUUAACUUUAGUCUCCCUUGCUGUGCAUUAAAGCAACUAACUACUAAUGGUCUUGUUAUUGCUGAACACAGAAAAUUAUCUAUCAGUGUUGUCCUUGUAUCAGUCUUCUGCAGAUCUGAAAAUGGCAGAAGUCCUGUGGGUUUAGUCUUCCGUGUCUCAACCCUGUACAGCCCUUGCACUACAUGCACAAGCGGAAGAAAUCAGUCUCUCCAUGUGUGUCUUGCUGGCUUUUUGUGAUUGGACAACAGUGCCGCCCUUUGCCACAAGAGAAGUGCUUUUAGACUUGAAGGGGAAGGGGAAUGGAUUCUCUAUAAGUUUUAUUUUAUUUUAAGCCAAUGUUUUUCUUAGAAAGGUGCUAGAUACAUGCUGUCCUGUGCAAGCUUUAUGCUGUCAUGUCAAAGCAGUUUCUUCCCAGUGGCACAAAGAGCAGAUUUUCCCAUAACUGCCAUAACUCUGAUGAAGGGAUGGAGUUUGGGGAGUGACCUGACUUUCAGGAAAAUUCUGGGGUUUUAUCUAAAAAUCAGAGAACUGGACCCGAGUUACUGUAAACAUUCCUACAUUUAACAGAGGGACCAAGAGGGAGGAAAGGAGAAGAAGGUUGAAGAAGACAGGCAGAUUCCAAAGUAAGCUGAAGGUGUUUGCUCUAUUUAUGUGAAGUUAGAUACCAAUUCUCUGUGUUCCUCAGGAGUGAGAAAUCAAGAUGAGUGCUCUUCUGCUUGUGGGAGAGAGGAAAUCAAGUUUCAACCUUCUCAGCCUGUUGUUCCGUGGAGGUACACAGAGUAAAGGAGCAGGCUAGGAAGUGUGAACUGGGAGUAACUGGCAGAACUGUGUGAAGGUCAGGGCAAGCAGCUUAGAGGGGCAGGAGGAUCACUGCCCAUGUGGUAUGUGAAGUAGCAGAAGGAGAGAAGGGAGGGACUACAAAGGAUGUAGACAGGGUAGUUGCAAUGGGCAGACAGAAAGUGAGGGAACAAAGGAUAAAAUGGUUAGGUUAGUAUUCCCCAGUUUUUGAUCCUGAACUUCAGAUUUGUUGUUCCAUCAUGCAUUUAUCUGGAAUAAAUGCAUUUGGAUGAGUUAUACCUACUGCCAACUUAGGUAACUUCAGUAUCUGUCUUCAGUGCUCUGUCCUCUCUUUUUGGCCCACUCUCCUCCAAUUACCAGGCUCUUCUGCCAUUGUUGGGUGCAAUUUUGCAUCAGUGUCUUGUUUUAGGAAGCUCUGAAUGUUCUGAAGCAGAGAACAGACACAGGAGGCUUUCUAGAGUAAAAUACAAGAUGCGGGCAGGUGGUGUGCAUCUCUGUGCUGCUCUCCCACUUGCUCACACACGCGCUGCCAAGCAUGUGGUUGUGUGUGGUCUCAGAUGAGCCCAUGCUUAGGCACACUCCUGGGAGAAAGAGUUGGCAUCUAGGGUGCUCAAUUUUGUGCUCAGAACUCCCUCUGCUGGGUUUCUAAGUGACAUGUGUGGGACUAAUCUCAGCUGUUUGUUACAUGUAGAGUUACAGUUUAAUUUAGUUAUUUUACCGUUCUUUUAACUGGAUUGUGGCAUUUACUUCUGUUUUUGCGCUAGUCCGAUAUUGUAUGAGGUAAUGAUGGUAAUUCUUUUUUGUGUUGGUUAGCUGCAGGUUCUUGUAAAAUAAAGUUCAUACUACUUGAGCUAAAACAACCAAUCAAUAAAGAUGCAUUUGAAAAUCA